AUCUCUUGUUCUUUGGUAAACCCUUCUUUUCCGGUACGGGUAGUACUGUGAAGUAGUAGUGAAAAUUUAAUUUUAAUUUAAAUCUUUUCCCAUCUUCCAUUAUGAGGCUGUACAAAGACAUAUUUACUGGUGAUGAAAUGUUUUCAGAUUCGUUUAAAAUAAAACUCGUCGAUGAUGUACUUUACGAGGUGUAUGGAAAGCUGGUGACGCGCAAGCACGGCGACGUGCAGAUCGACGGCUUCAACCCGUCGGCCGAGGAGGCGUCGGAUGGCACGGACGAGGUGGUGGAGUCUGGCGUGGACGUGGUGCUCAACCACAAGCUGUGCGAGACGUACGCCUUCAACGACAAGAAGGCCUACACCGCCUACCUCAAGGACUACAUGAAGAAGCUGGUUGACAAAUUGCAAGAAACGCAACCCGACCAAGUUGAGGUGCUAAAGAAGAAUGCAAACAAAGUUAUGAAAGACAUUCUCUCCAGGUUUAAAGAGCUCCAGUUUUUCACAGGGGAGUCCAUGGAGAUCGAAGGCAUGGUCGCGCUACUCGAGUACAGGGACAUAGACGGCGAGAGUGUCCCGGUCCUCAUGUUCUUCAAGCACGGCCUCGACGAGGAGAAAUACUAACUGGCAACUUCUUUUAUGAGACUGGAGACGCGAAUGUCACUGGAACUGCAAGAUUUAUCACUGCAGGCUUCCACAAUAACUUGUUUUUUUACCUGAUGUUUUGGUUUCGACCUGUGGAGAUCAUGUAAAUACUAUACCAGCAUUCGUUGCUUUGUAUAUUUAUUUUUAUGGAAGAUGGGAGAAAAAAAAUUGACAAGUAUAUAUGUAAGUUUGCAAUAAAUUGAAGCUCCAGAACUUGUCA